AUGGUCGGCACCACCAUCCUCGACGCUCUCAACGUCCGGGUCGUUGGCUCCGGCGACAAGUACGUCGUCUUCGCCCACGGCUCCGGCACCGACCAGUCGGCCUGGCAGCUCAUUCUCCAGUACUUCACGCCAUACUACCGCGUCAUUCUCUACGACCUCGUCUGCGCCGGCAGCGUCAACCCGGACUAUUUCGACUUCCGCCGCUACACCACCCUCGACGCCUACGUCGACGACCUCCUCAACAUUCUCGAUGCCCUCGGCGUCAACCGCUGCGCCUAUGUUGGCCACUCCGUCUCUGCGAUGAUCGGCAUCCUAGCCUCCAUCCGCCGCCCCGAACUCUUCUCCAAGCUCGUACUCAUCGGCGCUUCCCCGAGGUUUCUGAAUGAUCGAGAUUACCAUGGAGGAUUCGAGCACGAGGAGAUUGAGAAGGUCUUUUCGGCAAUGGAGGCCAAUUACGAGGCAUGGGUCAACGGCUUCGCGCCGCUGGCAGUUGGGGCCGACGUCCCGACAGCGGUUCGAGAAUUCAGCCGCACCCUGUUCAACAUGCGACCCGACAUCUCGCUUUUCGUCUCUCGGACCGUGUUCAACAGCGAUCUGAGGGGUGUUUUGGGGCUGGUCCGAGUACCGUGCUGGAUAAUCCAGACGGCGAGGGACGUGUCCGUGCCGGCAUCGGUGGCUAACUACCUGAGGGACCACCUGGGCGGUCGGAACACGGUGGUGAUUCUGGAGACGGAAGGGCACUUGCCCCAUCUGAGCGCCCCGGGUAUGCUGGCUCGGAAGCUUCGCCACGCCCUCGCGUCGUAGGUGGGGCCGGCCGGAGGGGAGGACUAGCUGCGAGGCGAAGUUUUUUUCACUCCGACGGGAAUAGCACAGGAGAUGAGAAAUUUUAUUUUUUAAAUUAUUAACUUUUUAUCACACAUAUUUUACUAUUUGUAUAAUGAUACGUGAAAUAUUAUUCCGUGUAACGUGUACCGAUCAAUCGCAUUGAAAAAUCUUUUCUGCU